AUGCGCGAUUUCCGCGCAGGCUUGGUGAAUGAUUUUGGCUCUGACCCUGUGCCCUGCCUUUGAACCACCCUCAAGCCAGCAGUGGAGCGCGAAACCGAAAGCGAAAGAGUAAGUAGUGUUUCUUAUCGCAGCGGCUGCAUGGGCGUUUGACUUCCCAACGAACUGGCUUUGGAGAGAAGGACUGGUAUUGCCACCACGGCUACUGCCUACUGGCUGAUUAGUGUGAUCAAGACAAGAGAUUGUGUGCAGGAUCUCUGUGUCGAUACCCCGUACCCGCGUGUGAGCGUGUGACGAUCAGCAACCGUUCUUAGCUGUUCACCCAGCAUCGGAUGGAGAUGUGCAGAAGAAUUCGACGCUCUUCGCAUCGCUGAUCCACUUCGAGUGCUCAGCUUUCUGUAAUACAUGCUCAGUACAUGAACGAUUGGUGUCGUAGCGUUUGGUGUUCCCUUUUUCGAGUGGAGUGAGAUUCCUAAAGGACUCGAUACGAGGAGAAUUCGAGAGCAGUUGUUGGCCGUGUGGGCCGUUUCAUGAAGGCUGGAAUACCCUGGCUUGGCCGAGCGGGUAGGAUGUCGAGUGACAGUGUGAAAUGUUGCUCAUGUCGGCGGGAUGCAGCAUCACCAGUGCGGAGUGCCGCGAUGUGGAGCUUUCUCGUGCUGCUCGUAUGUUCGAGAAUAGUCGGCGGCCAAGACUUCAACCAGCAGCAGCAACCGAUGCCUGGCGGACAGUGCGGUCAUCAGACGCUGCAGGAGUCGACGACGUCGGGACCGGACCGGCCGUGCGUGAUGACCGCCAUGCAGUGCUUCGUGCAGAUGAGGCAGCACUGCCUGGCCCGCGGCGUCACAUCAGGACGGCUACGGCGACACUGCAGGUUUCGCGUGGACGCUGUCCAGUGCCUGGACGAGUUUGUCGACAUGGAGUGCGAGCAGGAGCAGGCAAACUGCGCCCGGCAAUGUGUCGGUACGCAGUCCGCAAACUUCAGGCAGAACUGCUUACGAACUACCGGCCAGUAUUGCACUCGCAGCAUUCUCAUUCAGCAUGGCGCUGUGAGCGCACAGGACGUCUGCGUUCCUCAGAGGUGUACACUGCAGUCCAUGGCCAUGGCAAUAGCACGCGACGGUGAGCACACGCUGGGAGACCUGGACGACGAGUUUGACGACAGUAGCCUGGAUGACGAGUGGGGAGAGUUCAUGGACUUUGACCGCGACGACUGGCCGAUGGGUGUUGCACCGGGCAUGAUGAACAACAUGUUCGGCGGUCAGCCCGGCAUGGGCCAGCCGGGAAUGGGCCAGGCCGGCAUGAUGCCCGGUGGAAUGAUGCAGCCCGGCGGACAGGGCAUGGUGCAAGGCGGUGGUGGUGGAAUGAUGCAGCCCGGCAUGGGCAUGAUGGGUGGACAGCAGGGACCGCUGGAACCGCAGCAGAUGCCCGGCAUGGGAUUUCCCGGCGCCAACGUCGGCCAGGGCUUCCAGCAGCCCGGCGGCUGGCAACAGCAACAACAACAAGGCGGCUGGCAGCAGCAGCAGCAACACCAGCAAGGCGGCUUCCAGGACCAAUGGGGACAACAACAGGGUGGCUUCCAACAGGGCGGCGGCUGGAAUCAACAAUUCGACCAGUUCGGCCAGGGAGGAGGCUUCCAGGACCAAUGGGGCCAACAGGGAGGCUUCCAACAGGGAGGUGGCUGGAAUCAAGGACAGCAGCAGUGGGGACAGCAGGAUCAAUUCGGCCAGCAGCAGUUCGGCAACGGAUUUGACCAGUUUGGUGGCCAGCAGUUCGGAGGAGGUGGUGGUUUCGGCCAGGACAUGUGGAAUCAAGGCCAGCAGUUUGGCGGUGGACAAUUCGGCGGACAGUUUGGUGGUGGACAAUUCGGUGGCCAGCAAGGGUUCGGCGGACAGCAGCAAGGCUUCGGCGGACAACAAGGCUUCGGUGGAGGCCAGUGGAACCAGUUUGGCCAGCCGCAGCAGAUGGGUGGUGGAAUGUUCGGCGGCGGUCAGCAAAUGAAUGGCAUGGCAGGAGGUGUCGGUAUGAACGGCUUCGGCGCCGGCGGUCCUGGCAUGGGUGGUGGCUUCGGUGGGCCCGGAAUGUUCGGCAACGGAUUCAUGGCCGGACGGGGGAGAAUACGCGGCCUGUCGCACGUCCUCGACGAGGAGGUGGCGUGCUACAACUCCCAGUCGAGCACCGGCGGACAGCCGGUCAUCCGCCUGCUGGCCAGCGACUUUCGCGCCGCGGCCGCCCAGUCGAGCCCUGCAAACCUGCUCUUGCUGGUCGUCCUGGCUAUCUCCAUCGCGAUAGUGCAUGCGUGAUGAUGUAGUUUUAGUUCCUUGCUCCGUCAUCACCAGAACUGGAUAGGCAUCGUGCCAUUAUCAUCACUGCACUCAUUGAUGCCCUGCAAAACUGCUCCUGUAGGCUGUACUGGCUAUCUAGAUCUCCAUGGCAAUAAUACACGCAUGAUGUCAUUUUAGUUCCUUGCUCCGUCAGCACCAGAACCGGAUAGGCAUCCUGUCAUUAUCAUCACUGCACUCAUUUACUCAUACACUGCAGCCUGCUAAGUGCUACAUUGCAAUGGCGGAGACACUACAGUCUUCCACUCGGAACUUUGUCAAAAUAAUGCCAUAGCCAAACAAGACGUUUCUGACCUGUCAGACAUUCCCGCAACUGGUCGAACCCACCCACUGUACAGAGUUCAAACCACUGAAUGACCAUGACAACUUGAUCCUUGAAACCCAGCUCUAUAUUUUCAGAUCAGUACAAUGACAGUAAACUACAGUGCAGCGUCAGUUUGCUAUGUUACAAAGUUUCUAAUUUGAUGAUCAGAAAGUUAUCAAUAUAGCUGUUGAUUUCCCGAAAUCUAUCCAAAUUAAAUAUGAAUUUCCGGUCUAUGUUUAUAUUCUGUGAAGCUGAGUUUUUUCUCCACUGUACAGUCCGCGCUAAGCCGAGAGCUCUGAGAUGCUGUCUUGAGGAUUCCUGCCAUUUUAUUGCACAAAACUGACAAUUGCACGCGAUGCAUACUAUGGAGU